AUGAAGAGUGAAACAACAAAAUGGACAGGUGAAUUAUCACGUGAUGCUGAAACAAUUUUACAUCAACAUGCAAUUCAAGGUGAUAUAACUGAUAUUCAACGAAAAAUGUGUCAACAAACAUGGCAACCAACUUCAUUAAGUCGAGAUGAAAGUGAUAUGUUACGAGAAGCUUUUACAUUAUUUAUAAAUCAUUGUUUUAAACAAUUAGCAAAACUUCGAGAUCUUUUUCCAGCUGCUAAUCGAAUUGCAAUCGAACGACUUGAACAACUUUUAACAAUUGUUGCUAAAUUACAUAGUAUGGAAGUAUUUCGUUAUUGUUGUCCAUUUCAAAAUAGUCUUCAACAUGAAUUAUCAUUAAUUAUAACAGCUGGAACUAUGGAAUGGUUUGAUCGUAUGGUUAUUCAAAUAACAAAACAAAGAUUAAGAUCGAAUGAAGAUGUAUUACGUAAUACAAGUGAAUUAGUCUAUGUUGUAAUUGCAGAUGGAAAAUCUGCCUUAUUCAAAGAUGAUUAUCGAAAAGCAACUGAAUGUUUUGAUCCAAUAUUUCAACGUUGUCCACAAUUUAUGAAAAAAAAUAAAUCAUCUAUAUUAAUUCAUUUAUGUAUAUCAAAAAUGCAAUUUGGUUAUACACCUUGUUUAAAAAUUAUUUUAAAAUAUAAAUUAAAUGCUUUUUAUGAUUUACUUAUUUCUAUUAAACAAGGACAAUUAUAUGAAUUUGAUCAAUAUAUUAAAAUAAUAUAUCAUAAAUAUUUUUUAUCUAAAGGUUUAUUACUUCAUAUUGAAACAUUAUAUUUAUUGGCUGUACGAAAUCUUUUUCGUCAAGUAUGGUUAUUAAUGAAUAAAGAAAAUAAAAUAUCAAUUGAAAUAUUUACACGUGCAUUGGAAUGGAGUAAUCAUGGUCAAACAUGUGAUCAAAUAGAAUGUGCAACAUUAUUAGCUACAUUAAUUUGUCAAAAUCGUAUUAAAGCUUAUAUAUCUUAUAAACAUAUGAUAGUUGUAUUAAGUAAAGAAGAUCCAUUUCCUAAAAUACAACAGAUUAUUUAA